AAGAUUCAAGCUUUAAUGGCUCGGAAGCGACUCGGAUUUGAUUCCAAGUUUCAAUUGAAUAAGUGUAAUAAAAGAUCGAAACGUGAUAAUAACCGAAUUAGUUGGUUGCCCGAUGAUAUUCUCGUCAAUAUCCUAUCUUAUCUAUCGAUGAAGGAAGCUGCACGAACUACUGUUCUUUCAUCUCGUUGGAUGAACUUGUGGAAACACACUACCUCUUCUCUCGACUUUCGUGCAGACAAUGCACUAGCCAGGAUUAGAGAAAACUAUGAUUUAUGCAGUGAAGAGAGGCGAAAGUACGAAGAAUGGGUGGAUCGCGUCAUCAGAUCACACAAAUCGGUUACCUUGAAAGAAUUCAGUGUCUGUUUCGAUUUGGGUCUUUCGUCUCAGGAAUCAAUCACCCGGUGGAUUGAAUUUGCGUUUACGAGACAUGUUCAGAAGUUGGAUUUGGACUUUUCCGUAAAAGUUAAGAACAAAACAUCUCCACGCACACAUUAUACUCUCCCUGAAGAGUUCCUCACCCGAAGAACUAGUGGUGGAAAUUCGUGUAUUGACUUCAAAUCCCUCAAAGAAUUAUCUCUUAAAUGUGUUAAUUUGACAGGUCAAGCUAUUGAGUUCUUUCUACACAACUGCCCUUUCCUCGAAAAAUUGGUUGUUCAUUACACUAAUAAAAUAUCAAAUCUUGAAGUUUGUGGGCCAUCCCUCGUUCUAAAGCACUUGGAAUUGAUGCACUGCAACUAUUUAGAAUCUGUUAAGGUUUCAGCGCCAAAUCUUAUUUCACUUAUUGGUCCGAAUAUCGAUGUUCUCUUGCUUGAGAAUGUUCCGAUGCUUAAAGAGGUAUAUAUCAAUUGUAUGCAUUACAAUGACUCUGUCGAAAAGUUACUUCCUACAUAUUCUUGCUGCGUUUCCCAAUUGGAGAUUCUUACCUUGCAGCUGAAUUCCCACCGGAAGUUGGGCCUUGGGAUGCAUUUGACGAAAGUUGUUCUACCCACAUUUCCAGAACUGACUAAGUUGAAGAAGUUGGUCGUAUCCUAUUGGACAGACCAUGACCAAAGUCUUAUGGGACUGACCCCUUUGAUAAGGGCAUCUCCAAACUUGCAGGAAUUUAUUUUAGAGUUAUGGAUGGAUGAUCCUUCGAGAUCACAUAGAAAAGUGAAGAAUACUACUUCACAGUUGCCUCACCAUCACCUUAAAGUGUUCAAGUUCUGUGGUUAUUACGGUCGCUCGAGUGAUGUCGAAUUAGUUAGGUACAUUUUGAAGAACUCUGUUGUGCUUGAGAAAAUAAUCAUUGAUCCAUUCGAACCGAUUUUGCGUGAUUUCGAACUAUGCGGUGAAGAUUUAGAGAGAAUACAAAUCGCAAGGGGUUUUGCAAAGCAGCAACUUGAAGCGCGGGUACCUCAACGCGUUGAAUUGGUUAUCCUUUAAUGAAGUCUAUAAACUUAAUUAAAUUAAAAACAAUAAGUUGUUUUUGGUGUGUUUGUGAAUUUUAAAUUAAGAACAUGUUGUUUUGA